AUGCCGUCUCCUGCUAUAUACUGGCCCGAGGACGGCAUAGAGAACCUGGAGGGCUACUCUUCUGGAGGAUAUCAUCCAACAUAUAUUAACGACGAACUUUCAAAUGGGAGGUACAGGAUCGUCCAUAAGCUGGGAUAUGGUCCUUAUUACACUGUCUGGCUUUCUCGCGACCAGGAAAAAAAUCGCUACGUCGCAUUGAAAAUUGUGAUUGCCGAUGUCUCGGAAAGAAGCCUAGAGUCAAAAAUACUGCAGCAUCUUCAAGCUGGAGACGUCAGCCACCCGUGGCGUGAAUAUGUUUCUUCAUUGCUUGACAAUUUUUCCUUCAAUGGGCCAAAUGGGCAACACAUGUGCCUCGUGAGUGAGGUCGCUGGCUGUAGCAUUGCUGAAUCCAAGGAGAACAGCCCCAAUUUUAUGUUUCCUCUGCAUAUAGCUAGAGCAAUUGCCGCUCAAGUUACUAUGGGAUUGGCUUAUAUGCAUUCCAAUGGGAUUGGGCACGGAGAUCUUCAUGCUCGCAACAUUCUUCUUCAGCCUAUUGACUUCGAUACCCUAAGUAUCAAAGAAAUGUAUCAGCGUUUUGGCGAUCCUUUCAAGGUCCCUGUUUCGCGGGUAGACAAUGGCCACAUCCAGCCAUGUGCACCUACGUACGCCGCCAUACCUAUGAACCUGAUCGUAUCAAGCGAUCAGGUUGCAAGUUGCAGGGUUAAAAUCACUGAUUUUGGGUCUGCCUUCUUUCUUGGCCAAGAGCCAAGGACGUUGCAUACUCCAACUGCCUUGCUUCCUCCUGAAGUAUUUUUUCAGGAAGCCAUUAGUUCAUCUGCUGAUAUAUGGACUCUUGGUUGUACUCUUUAUGAUAUUCUUGGCGAACGGCCUCUCUUCGAAACAUGGGCAGGCGAUCCGGAUGAUGUGCUUGGAGAGAUGGUAAGUACGCUGGGUAAGUUACCAAUGAGAUGGUGGCAGAAGUGGGAAAAGAGACCAGAGUUUUUCCUCGAGAAUGGCACCUGGAACCCGAAUUUCAACCGAAUCCAGACACCUGGUUUUAGGUCCUUGGAUCAACGACUAUGGCAAAUGGGAAGGGGGGAGACUCUUCAGACCUGCGAGCUUGAAGAAAUGGAGAUGGCUAGUCUGAAGGAUCUGCUAUUGGCAAUGCUAGCAUAUGAACCAUCUGAUCGUAUAUCAGCAAAUGAUGCAAUGAAUUCUAGGUUUAUGCUGAGUUGGGCGCGUCCUGCAUUGGCAAGGCUAAACUCCUAA